CCCUUUACAAUCCGUCAUCCUUCUAACCUCCUCCUGAUUACCAUAUAUUCCUUGUUUCACGGGAAAAAGGACGCGCGCUCGAGACAAAGCAGACAGAAUCGGCUUGCCUAAUAUAGCUAUGUUUAGGCGCAUGAGACAGACCGAGCCCGAGAGGCUCUCAAUAAGACUUAGCAAAACGCUUCAACCGCUCAAUGUGGCUCCUUGGGGAGCGCUUGCAAUGUGGCAUCUGGGCGUCCCUAUUGCCGUUGGGGCCCCUAUGAUUGUGGUGCAGGACGACGAAUACACAGCCGCCGUCGAAAGGCUUGAAAGCGCAGGAUUCUAUCGAAGCGUCCCAAAUCGUGCUCCUCCUCCGGAAAUCCUGGAAGACCAUCCAAACCCACAGCAGAUGUUGGAGGAAAUAAAUUCUGGCUACAACCGCUUGGAUCGGUCUUGCGCAGUAUUUGAUUAUCCACGUGGUGAUCCAGCAGAAAAGAGCUUGCAGCUUUACUUAUUCCCGAACUCCUUUGCGCACCUUUUUCAGGAAGAUAUUCCCCGUUCUUCGAGCGAAAUAAGAGAUGCAGCGCCAACAAAACGAUAUAAAACAUACGACAAUCUUUACUACCCAUUGGAACGGGCGCUAGUGAAAAGCUUUGUCAAGGCUGCGAUUGACGAAGAAACAGAGACAGGUUUUUCUGCAUGGGGCGAGACACUUAGGUCCUGGAUAUCUCUCAUGACAGGUUACCUAGUGGUUGAUAAUGAUGUUCUUGAUGGUUGUCCUGAUGAACAAGCAGUGGAGUGGUAUAGCCGCAAUUUUGGUCGAAUCCAUGAGGCCAUGUUCGGUCCCAUUGAUCGACGUAUUUCAAAGCGUCUAGGCUCGGGAAGAGAUAUGCCGACAGAUAUGCGGGGGAAUCGUAUUCAGCAGUGAUUUUCUUUCGGCUACAGCUACGUAGUGCGUCUUGCUAAGGAAGUCUCUCAGCAAAGCAAUUCAUCUUAUCUACCAGACAUGUGAUAAAACUCGA